CCAUGGCAGGGAGUUAUCAAGUCCCAGUCGGAGGCCAGUACUUUCUUGAGGUUAUUGCCGUCUUUGUGAUGACUUUUUUUACGAUUUGAAGAAGCUAGUCAAUCCACCGAUAGUGUCGUUUGAUAAAACCACUGGAAGAAGAAGGGAUGCAAUGGAUCCACAGGGCAGCAGCGAUUGGGUCUCCAGCCCCACAUCUCCAACGGCCAAUCUACUGGGUUACGACUUCAGUAAAGUAUGCAUGGAAGACAAAUUCAACCACCGGCUGACAGCUAAGGAUGCCUCCAUCUGGGUAGACCAGGCCCUGGCACCGGUCCACACGGAAGCCUUCCGCAUGGAAAGUGCUAAGAAUGGGCAUGCUUGGAGAGGUUUCUGGUGGAACAAGAGUUGGAGAAGCACUAGAAGCCUUUCGCCCGUUUUCACGAGGUUCCAACUGGACCACUGUACAAAGCAUGUUUUCGAAAUGCAUGGAGGAAUAGUGCCAGAAGAUUGCAUUGCGCCUACAAGUCUGGAUCGAUUUCGAGACUAUGAAUUCCAUUGGUUGCCCUCCAACACAACAGUCACAUCUCCGACAGAAGACACGGAGUUCGAUGAUCGUGAAGUGGACGUCUCCAUGCUGCAACAGACGGAACCUACUGUGAUUUGCUUGGUUGGUCGUAGUCACUCUGCACACUUCAAAGCCACCGCUGACCGCAUGGGCAUUACUGCCGCCGCAACCAAUGUGACCUUUGAGUAUGUGGAUUCUGGAUACCCAGCAGAAGCUACUCCCAGGGCAGUCACACGCCAGAGCAUGAAAAAUGGCUUCAAAUGUAACAAGUUGAUAAUUGCGGUGGGGCAGUGGCCAGCGAGCUUUAUGGGAGGGAAACCAAUGCUUCUGAAUGAGUACUACAUUCAGUCAAAGAGAUGCUGAGAAAUCUGAGAGAAGAUGGCAGGACAAAAAGACAUGGAGGUGUACAUGAGAUCAAUCCACUACAACUCCAUGGGAUAUAAGCACUCUGCUUGUCCACCCAUCGAUUGGCGUAGCCCUCCCAUUAUCGAUGCUUACAAUUUUGUUAUAAAGAAGGUCUGUCAGGAUAUGGGCAUCCCUUUCUUGGACACGACAGUGCGCCUGAUUGGAGUCACUUGUCGGGUGCAGUAUCAAAGGCGGAAUUGUUGUACUUGGCAGCAGCAGCCUUGCGAAUUGACGACAACAAUAGGAAUGGCACAAUCUGGAAGCAUGACUCAAAGUGGAAGAAAAACCAGCUUUUAAGUUGAGGUACUUGCGGUAAUUUAUUGUUUUUACAAAAAAAAUGCAGAGAAAACCUUAUUUUUAACCCUAUAUUUACCGUAACUACCCUUCUAAGCUUGUGUUCCUGUGUGGAAGCCACGAAGCCACCAACCUGAAAGUCCAACGCAAAUAAGUUACCUUUCCCCAACACCGGUACAGUCGUAGCGGUACGUAGUGAAGUGAACCUCGAAGGAGCAUGAUUGUAUGUCUAGCAAAAAGUUUCUGAGGAAGAUCAAGAUAAUAUCAUUGUCCAAAAGUUGUUGCGACUCUUCUCUAGUUUUGGACACGAUGCAAAGAAUGAUACACACCAGUUACGGUGGAUUGUCUGUGUAUAAUAUAUUAUGCAGACUAGAUAGAUCUAAAUACAAUAUUAUUUAAAAAGGCUACUACAUGU